AAAUAUUACUGAUGAUGAAUCCUCAGUGGAUGAACUGAGAGGGACGCUGCGGUUUUUUGCAUCUGUAUUAGUUCGGAGAAUUCACAAGGUGGAUAUUCCAACUGUUGUAACAAAGAAAAUGCUCAAGGCGGCAAUGAAACACAUUGAAGUGAUAGCAAAGGCCAGGCAAAAAGUAAAAAAUGCAGAAUUUUUACAGCAAGCUGCUUUAGAGGAAUAUGGACCAGAACUCCAUGUUGCUUUGAGAAGCCGAAGAGAUGAACUUCACUACUUAAGAAAACUUACUGAACUUCUUUUUCCUUAUAUUUUGCCUCCGAAGUCAACAGAGUGCAGAUCCUUGGCUCUUCUGAUAAGAGAGAUUCUGCCUGGUUCUGUUUUCCUUCCUUCGAUGGAUUUCUUAGCUGAUCCUGACACUGUCAACCAUUUACUGCUGAUCUUCAUUGAUGAUAGUCCACCUGAGAAAGCAACUGAACCUAGUUCGUCAUUGGUUCCAUUCCUUCAGAAAUUUGCAGAGCCAAGAAAUAAGAAACCGUCUGUACUGAAACUGGAGCUAAAGGAGAUCAGAGAUCAGCAAGACCUUUUAUUUCGGUUUAUGAACUUCCUGAAACAGGAAGGGGCAGUCCAUGUGCUGCAGUUCUGCCUGACUGUAGAAGAAUUCAAUGACCGAAUUUUGCGACCAGAACUGUCGGAUACUGAAAAGAUGUCUCUUCAUGAGGAAGUACAGAAAAUUUACAAAACUUACUGUUUGGACGAAAGCAUUGACAAAAUUAGAUUUGACCCUUUUAUUGUGGAAGAGAUUCAAAGAAUUGCUGAAGGUCCAUAUAUGGAUGUUGUGAAACUUCAGACUAUGAGGUGUCUUUUUGAAGCUUAUGAGCAUGUACUUUCUCUACUUGAGAAUGUUUUCACUCCUAUGUUCUGUCACAGUGAUGAGUACUUCAGACAUCUUUUAAGAGGAGCAGAGUCACCAACACGCAAUUCAAAGUUUAACAGAAGUAGCCUGAGUUUGGAUGACUUCCGGACCACACAGAAGAGAGGAGAAUCGUUUGGAAUCAGCAGAAUAGGCAACAAAAUAAAAGGUGUAUUCAAGAGUUCUGCGAUGGAAGGAGCUAUGUUGCCUAACUAUAACUUAAAUGAAGGAGAAGAUGACUUUAUUGAAGAAGGUGUUAUGGUGAUGGAAGAUGAUUCUCCUGAGGAGGCUGUUAGUACCCCAAAUACGCCCCGCAACCUUGCCGCGUGGAAAAUUAGCAUCCCAUAUGUAGACUUUUUUGAUGAUCCCUCCUUGGAAAGAAAAGACAGGAAGGAGAGAAUCCCUGUGUUCUGCAUUGAUGUAGAGAGAAAUGACAGAAGGGCAGUUGGGCAUGAACCUGAACAUUGGUCUGUCUACAGGAGGUAUCUUGAAUUUUAUGUGCUUGAGUCGAAGCUAACGGAAUUUCACGGUACGUUUCCUGAUGCACAGCUUCCCUCGAAGAGAAUCAUUGGCCCUAAGAACUAUGAGUUCUUAAAAUCCAAGAGAGAGGAGUUUCAGGAAUAUCUGCAGAAACUUCUGCAACAUCCAGAACUAAGUAACAGCCAGCUUUUAGCUGACUUCCUGUCCCCUAAUGGAGGAGAGACUCAGUUUCUCGAUAAAAUGUUGCCUGAUGUGAAUCUUGGUAAAAUUAUAAAAUCUGUUCCAGGAAAGCUGAUGAAAGAGAAAGGUCAGCAUUUGGAGCCAUUCAUCAUGAAUUUUAUCAACUCCUGUGAAUCUCCCAAGCCUAAACCAAGUAGGCCUGAACUUACCAUUUUGAGUCCCACUUCGGAAAACAACAAGAAGCUUUUCAAUGAUUUAUUCAAGAAUAAUGCAAACCGGUCUGAGAAUACAGAAAGACGACAAAAUCAGAACUACUUCAUGGAAAUGAUGACUGUAGAAGGAGUCUAUGACUACUUAAUGUAUGUUGGUAGGGUAGUCUUCCACAUCCCUGACUGGCUGCAUCACCUCUUGAUGGGAGGAAGAAUUCUCUUCAAAAAUACAUUGGAACUGUACACAGACUAUUACUUGCAUUAUAAGUUAGAACAGCUGUUUCAGGAGCAUCGCUUGGUUUCUCUGAUAACACUGCUGAGAGAUGCUGUGUUCUGUGAGAAUACCGAACCUCGCUCUCUCCAGGAUAAGCAGAAGCGAGCAAAGCAGACUUUUGAAGAAAUGAUGAGAUACAUUCCAGAUUUAAUAGGCAAAUGCAUUGGGGAAGAGGCUAAAUACGAAGGCAUCAGGCUUCUGUUUGAUGGAAUGCAGCAACCAGUGCUCAACAAACAGUUAACUUACGUUCUGCUGGACAUUGGGAUUCAAGAACUCUUUCCAGAGCUGAGUAAGGGCCCGAAGGAAGCUAGCUCCGUGUCAUGUUGGAUGUGAAUGCAGGGACCUUGCUGGACACCCAGUAGAAACAUCUGCUGUGCACUAUAGUAAUGGGACAUGUGGCAUUUUAACCUUGCAUUGUAUAUUUUCUUGUAAAUAACAUAAAAUGUAAGUUCUAAAAAAUCUCUUUAUGCAAUAAAGACAUGAAAAUUUAAUACCGAUUACAAGUAAA